AUGCAGAAGAAACUAAAUCUGAGACAGCAACGAUGGUUAGAAUUAUUGAAAGAUUAUGAUCUCAUGAUUGAUUACCAUCCUGGAAAGACAAAUGAUGUUACAGAUGCUUUAAGUCAUAAAUCAUUGUUUGCUUUAAGAGCAAUGAAUGCACAUUUAUCUUUGAACGGUGAUGGUUCUGUUAUAGCUGAGCUUAGGGCUAGACCAUUAUUUCUUCAGCAAAUUCAGGAAUUUCAAAAUGAUGACCCGAAGUUAGUAGCCAAAAUAGAGUUGAUUCAAAGUGAUACUACUGUGGAAUUCUUUGUAAGUGACAAUGGUAUGAAGCGUGAGAUUUUUGAAUUUGUGACUACAUGUCUGGUUUGCCAACAAGUAAAAGCUGAACAUCAAGUACAGUCAGGAUUAUUACAGUCUAUCCCUAUUUCUGAAUGGAAAUGUUAG